UCGUGGGGCGGGACUUCCUGCCUCGCGCGCCCAUAGAUCCGGGCCUAUCGGCCGGAGAUCGGCGCCGGGGCUGGCCCCGCACCCCUGUAAAGGCGUGUCCAUUGCGGAGCAGCGGGGAUUUUCUCCGCUCCUGCCGGCGCCCUCUGAUUUCCCCGGGGUCCAGAGCCCGAGGGCCGCUCUCGGCCCUCCACCUGCUCCGCCUCUUUACCCUGCGCUGCGAGCUGCUGCCGGCGGGCUGCUCCAGCACCCGGGGUGUGGGACUGGAUCCUUUCGCCCCAAUGCCCGGGCGAGAAGAGUUGAGGGAGUGCCGGUGGUUGGAGCUGUGGAGGUGUCCCCCGGCGGCGAGUGCGGCCAGAACAGCGGUUGAUAAGUUUUAUGUUCUCACUUUGCAAGGCCCUGUGUAAGGCUGGUAUAAAAUUGGCCUCCCAAGAUUCUGUCCUAACAAGAAGGAAGUGGAAAAUACUCUUGGAAAUAAAAUUGAGACAGUAAGAAGGCCAGAAUUUAUUUGUACAUGGUUGUCAGCUCACCUACCAAGAUGGACACUUUUCCCACCAAUUUUCCUCCUGGUGGAGACAGUGAGAUGACAGGUUCUCACUCUGAGUUCCAAAAUAUGUUAAUUGAUGAAAGGUUACGAUGUGCUCAUCAUAAAACUAAUUAUCAGACUCUGAAAACUGAACACACAAGGUUGCAAGAUGAGUACAUAAAGUCACAAAAUGAACUCAAGCGCCUGAUGAAUGAAAAGCAAACUAACCAGGAAAAACUACAGCUGCUGCUUGAAGAACUAAGAGAGGAAUUAGUACAGAAAACUAACGACUUAGAAGAAAUGAAGCUGCAGGUAUUAACUCCACAAAAGUUGGAAUUGUUAAAAGCCCAAAUACAACAAACAUUAGAAGCUCCAAUGAGAGAGCAUUUUAGGAAUCUGGAUGAAAUUGCAAGACUGGAAGGAGAUAAAGAAGAGCUGCAUAACCAGUUGCUGGGCGUUGACCCCACCAAAGACAGCAAACGAGUGGAGCAGCUUGGUCAAGAAAACGUCCAGUUGAGUCAGAAAAUAAAAGGUUUACAGGCUGAAGUAGCAGAAUUAAGGGCUGAGAAAGAGAAUUCUGGCGCUCAGGUAGAGAAUGUCCAAAGAAUUCAGGUGCGACAGUUGGCUGAGAUGCAGGCUACAGUCAGAUCCCUGGAGGCUGAAAAACAAUCAGCUAAACUGCAGGCUGAACGCUUGGAAAAAGAGCUACAAUCAAGCCAUGAACAAAAUACUGUUUUAAUCAAUAAAUUGCAUAAAGCUGAACGGGAAAUAAAUACAUUGACUGGUAAAGUAGAAGAACUUAAAUAUUCGAACAAACUAGAAAUAACAGACAUCAAACUGGAGGCAGCAAGAGCUAAGAGUGAGCUAGAAAGAGAAAGGAAUAAGAUUCAAGGCGAACUGGAUGGAUUACAAUCAGACAAUGAAAUUCUCAAAUCAGCUGUUGAACGCCACAAAGUACUCUUAGUAGAAAAGGAUCGUGAAUUAAUACGUAAAGUACAAGCUGCCAAGGAAGAAGGUUAUCAAAAACUUGUGGUAUUACAAGAUGAAAAGCUUGAACUUGAGAACAGAUUAGCUGAUUUAGAGAAAACGAAAGUGGAAUAUGAUGUCUGGAGGCAAACUGAAAAGGAUCAGUGUGAAGAGAAAUUACGGGCUUCACAGAUGGCGGAAGAGUCAGCCAGGAGGGAACUUCAGAGUAUUAGGUUAAAACUUCAACAACAAAUUGUGAAUGUUGAAAAUGCGGAGAAAGAGAAAAAGGAAAAUUCUGACCUGAAACAGCAAAUCAAUAGUUUGCAGAUCCAAGUGACCUCACUGGAACAGUCGGAGAAUGAGUUGCUGAAUUCAAACCAAACACUGAAGGAAAUGGUGGAGCGAUUAAAACAGGAAUGCCGAAAUUUAAGAAGCCAAGCUGAAAAAGCACAACUAGAAGUUGAAAAGACAUUGGAAGAGAAACAGAUACAGUGGUUGGAAGAAAAGCAUAAGCUUCAUGAACGUAUCACAGACAGAGAAGAAAAGUAUAAUCAAGCUAAAGAGAAACUGCAGCGAGCUGCGAUUGCCCAGAAAAAGGCAAGAGACUCUUCUGUGAAUCAUGCUGUUCUUCAAUACAGUAUAACUGUCUUAAAGAACAGAAACACUUUUUUUUUCUUUUUAAGACAAAAUGUUCCAUUUGAAGAAUAUACAAGGCUUCAAAAAAGACUAAAGGAUAUACAGAGAAGACAUAAUGAAUUUCGAAGUUUAAUUUUGGUUCCUAACAUACCUCCAGCAGCAGCAUCCAUCAACCCUGUUAGCUUUCAGUCCUCAGCCGUGGCCCCAGGCAUGGAGCUGGGCUUUCUUCCUCAUGUGCAGGAGGAACAGCAUCAAAGGGAACUCUCUCUACUUCGUAAAAGAUUGGAAGAACUAGAAACAACACAAAGAAAACAACUAGAGGAACUUGGAUCCUCGGGAGAAUGAUGUUUUGGAGAAAAGGCAGAUCAAAAAGGAUGAAAUCAGUGACUCAAGAAAGCUUGAAGUUUUAACAUAUGUGGCAUUUAGAUACUUUAUUACUGUUUGCCAAAACACUUAAAUUUGCGUCAAGAAAAGGUAUGAGCUGCUGUAUUGCGCCCGUGUCAGGGUUUUAGGAUUGUAUUAAUGACAAGUGAAGCAUUAAAACAGCUUCAGAGCUAUGUAGAAUAUUUAUUGACAACCCUUUGAGAAUGUAAAAAAUAAUGAAUAAAUAAAAGAAACUAGGAAAUCAAGUUUAAAAAUCAUUUUAUUAAUUUUACUUUGUUGAAUUUUUUUGGCAUUUUGCCUGAAACAUGCCCAUGUUGAAUUCCUUCUAACUCUUUGAGAUGUUUGGCAAUGACAGCAUCAGUAAACAUUUUCUAGUUUACUGUACACAAGAGUUAUAAACCUCUACUUCUUGAAAAAAAUGUCAAUUUAUAGGUCAGCAUAAAAAAAUACAACUUAAAAUAUCUAAAUAUAUAUUCAUUACAAAAUGCUACCUUUUCUACAAGAUGUGUGCAUAUAAUUUAUUAAAGAUCUUAAUAUUUUUCUACCUACCUAUAUUGUCUUGUGUUUGAUUUUAUUUCAACCACCCAGUAUGCUUUUAGCAAUGUACAGGAGCUCACUGAUUUUGACUUUGGAGUUAGAGUGAAUAGAAAAUAACAAAGUACAAAUAAUUGAAUCCUGUGACUUUAUAGAACAAGGGCCAUUCAUUGUAAAACUUAACCCAGUGGGGUCCCUUUAGAAGUAUUGUUGGUAUUUAACUUUGCUUCCCAUGGCUUUGAAUCUAACCAGAUUAUUAUAAAUGUUUUAUGUCUGUGCAUCCUUAAGUAUGCCAUCAUUUGCUUUUUUAUUGUAACAUCAUCUUUUAAAGGAAUUCUGCUGGAAUAGCUUUAGGUCAAUAAGGCAAAGCUCAAGUCUGCCAAACCAAAUGGAGUGUGCAUUAUCCAGAAGUUUUCACGAUCAAAAGUCCAAGUUGAUACUGGAUGCCGGCAGUACAAUUGCGGAGCCCUCAGCAUCACUUAGAAAAAACGAGAUUUACUUACUACAUAACACAGCUGCUUAUUCACAUAGUGUGUACAGUGACACCUUGUUCCUG